CAAAAGAAGAUGUUGACUUUUACAUAGAUCUAAAAGAGCACAUCGAGAAGGCGAAGGAGGAAUUGGGCAAGACAGAAGAAUUGGUUCUAUGGGACCUGAAGAAUGUGGAUUCAAUGACUUCUGAGAUUAUGGUCUCAAAGAAAAAACUCAUGGAUGAACAGAAAGCCAAAGAGAACGAGCUUGUCAAUUUUCAGAACCUGCGGAAGGAUUUGCAAAGACGCGUGGCUUCUCUGAUUAUCAACACUCUCAGGUCUCAGAAGGCGGCUGAGGAAAAGGCCGAUGCGGCACAAAAAAUGGUAAAUGUUUAUCAUGCCAAGGAACAGAAGGCUCUGGACCAAGUUGCCAAAUGUCAGAAUCAGUUGAACAAUCAAGAGAGUAAAAUUAAGACAACCCAGAAGAAUCUUGAAAAGAUGGAAAAGCGAAAAAAGCAGCUAACCGACUUCCACAAGGUUGUUCUGAAUCUGCAGGAGGCCCUUAGGGGCUGCUCUACCCUGGUGGGGACCUUGCAUUCGGAGGCAAAUGCGGUUCGGGUGACAAGCCAGUAUGUCUUCAUUUACGAUGCCUUGAAGCCUCAAAUCGAUAGUAUCACUCAUCACAUGCGUCCGUUCCUGGAUGCGAAAAACCCUGAGCACUGGCUGAUGGACUGCCCCAAGAUCAGGCGAAGUAUCAAGAAAUUGCAAUUCUUCUCUGAGACCUCGAGUACUUUGGCCAAAAAUACUUACACUCUUAAGGAAAUGCUAGAUGACGAGGACAUCCGUAGGUACUUUGUCAUUGGUUUUGUCAUCCUGGCCUUGCUCUGGGCAACUGGCUUUUUGUACAAAAUCCUUCUGGUUAUUUUAAUUGGCUGUAUCGUUUUCUGUUGCCUCGCUUAGUAGAUCUCUGUUUAAGGAGCACCUCCCAUUCUGUGUGAUGACCCGGGGCGUGGCACAAAAGCAACCAAGUCACAAAAAUAGGUAAAGUCCUUUUAAUUCCUCCAACUUGGCCCCCAAUGUCCAGCUAUCAUCAGCUGGAGGAAAAAACUCCCCCAAGAACAGUUUCUAAAGGGAAGAAAUUCAGUCCAAACCCAAAGUAUAUAUAAAUUAUGAAUAAAAACCAACACAAGCCACGCUGCAGCAAAUAACGAGACAGGGCAGGAUAAGGAAUUGAAGACUUCGAAAGAUAACGAAACACACACAGUUGAGGGGAUGCCAGAACCCAGAUAAGACUUGACAAACAAAGAUAACGCACGCUUUGCUUCCAGCAAGGUCUUGUGCUCAAACGCCCUUUUAAAAUCCUGUUUUCCCAGCUGCAGUUAAUGAAGGGAAUCAGGGCCCUUUUCUCCCCCAUAACUCACAUUGCUCCCUUCUCCAUUCCUCCCUGCAUGCCCUAGGAUGAAGAGGGGUGGCCCUUGGUCUUCCUCUGAAUGCCCAGCCAGACUGCCCUUCCCUGGUUUCUUCCACAGCUACUGGAACCACACUCCCACUCCCUGUUAGCUGCUCAACCUUCCCCUCAGAAUCAGAUUCCAACAGGGGCACGACAUUCUGUGAAUCUGCUCCAGUG